AUGGAAAUGAUACCAGCCGUCCUGCUCAGAGUUCGACGAGAAAAAAUAACACAAUUUAACAACGAUACAACCAAAAUUUUAAAGUUGCAAAUAAAGUUGUUGCAAACUGGCCUGUCCAUGGAUAGAAAGGAUGCAUUCAAAUGUCCACCCACGCCACCAGCAUCAGAGAGCGUACACAACAACAUCAACCACAUCUACCAUAACAACACCAACAAUCAACGUACCAACAACAUCAACAACAACAUCAACAACAACAUCAACAACCGCAAAGCUAGCACCUUGCCAACACAGCUGUCAACAGUUUACGGAGGUUCAUCAGAUUUCAACAACGUGCCCAACAACGAGCAUUCUUAUUGGAACGCAGCCAUAACAUCGAACGUCCAAUAUGGGAUUCUGCGUCAAGAUGAACUCAACAACAUUCAGGUCUUUGCACCUAUCUCAUUGGAUAACUAUAAUAAAUAUAACUCAUAUUCUUCCAAUGUAAAUGCAACAGUUGUUGACACAAUGGUUCAUAAUUCACAACUGCAAACAAAAUCAACAAAGUGUACAUGUCCCAUCAACAACCCAAUCAUCCACGCAAACUCCAUGCCGUACGCUUACAACACAACGUUUGAUGCUUUUCCAAAUCAGCACUUCACCCAGAUUGCGGGAAACGAGGCCCGCCAAGUUUCGAAAACUUUCAUUCAAAGUUGCGUGCCGGUGAUUUGUCACCCAAAUGGUCAAUACAUAGGUCUGUUGCGCCAACAAUCUCUGCCAUAUUCGCCAACCCAACAAAACGUGAUCCACUCGACAGCUGGUAACACGGACAGUUCCAAAGUUAUUAACUACCAGGAAUGUUUCGACGUCAUAAAUCCUCCCAUCGACCAACAAAGUUUCAUUGCACUUGAAAACGAAACUCACUCCACCAAUGAUUCACCUCAUCAUAAAGAUGCCGAAGUUAAAAAUAAUCAACAGCCAGAAACUCCGGAGAAAAAAAUUAGAGGUAAAUGGUCAACGAGUUCGAAGACGGUGACCUCGUUGUAUGGGGUGCCUUCAUGGUGGGGCGAUGACUCUCUUGACGACAGUUUUGAUUCGCAAACCUCUAGGAAAAGAACACCAACACCUCAAAAAGAUAUUUCUUCUCCGCAAGUAACAAGCAGACGAAUUAUAAAAAAGUCUCCGAGUCCAGUGAAAUCGGUUGCUGAGACAAAGAAAGUGGAGGUAAAUCGAAAACCAUCCACAGCCUUCAUCGUUGACAUCGCUGAUGUUAAUAACGCAAACCAUCCCCUAGAAUCGUCGCCAUCUUCAUCAUCCUGCCUUUCCUCAUCACUGCCUUCCUUCCAGAUCAAUGACAGCCUUCGCUCAUAUUUUCCUCGAUCUCGUAAAAUGAGUCUGCAGAAGCGAGAGUCAGCGAUAAGGAAGAAGAACUUGUUAGAUUGCGAUGCAAGGAAGGAAGACCUCGAUGGUAACAUCAGUGACAACGGAACUUACGUGGUUGAUCUUGACGAAGAUGACUUCAAAGAAGUUGACGAAGAAUGCGACAACCUUCUUAAUUGUGAUGUUAAAAAAACUGACGACGAGCUUUCGAAUAAUUUUCAAGUUAAUGAAACAACUGAAGAGAGUAAAAAGGAAGAACAGGUGGUUAUAAAAAAAAUUAUUCUUAAAAAUAUAUAA